AUCUAACGAUCUCCAAUCAAGAAACUAGAAGAAAGAUCAUUCGAUGCUCAGAACCCUUUAUUCAAUUACCCUUUGCUAACAAAUUAAACAACAAGAAGCAAUAUGGGAGCACCUCUAAGGAUCAUAGAUUCUGCACUUUUCAUCUACUUCCUCAUUAUAGCAAUUGCGGUUCCACUUAUUGAUGGCCAAACAAUUCUUCCUAUAGACCUAUAUCCCAAGUUCUUGAUCGAGUUAAAGAGCUGGUUCUUCAAACAAAUUGACCACUAUCUGGUUUUUGAGAUGCCUUAUUUCUAUGUUGGAAUUGCAUGGUUUGAGCUUCUCUUCCAGUGGCCGGUAGCUUUGAUGUGUGCUUAUGGCAUUGCAGCUGGAAAAUCUUGGUUCAGUACUACGUCUCUUAUUUAUGGUUCCUCCUUUUUGACUAGCCUGGCUGCAAUACUAGCAGAAUUGAUAGGGUCAAAGAGAGCAUCAGAUAAGCUGAUAAGGUUUUACUACCCAUUCUUGGUUUUUGCUGUUCUUUCCUUUGCACGCGGUCUGCUACCAUAUUCUGGCACAUCUGCAUCAAUUGGCAAAACAGCUGGGCUGAACCAGAAGAAGCAGGCUUAGAUUCAUGGAAAGUUGAGGACGUCAAACAAUUGAGAUCAUUGAUAAGAUUUCAGGGUCAGAGUGUAAUAAUUUAGUGUCAAGCACUAGAAUUGUUAAAGUUGUUUUAAGUUUCCAAGAAACUAUCCCAUUUCCAAGAAUUAUCUUCCCUCAAGUCUCCUCUCUUCCC